GUCUUCCCCUUUUUUUCGCGCUCCGUGCUUUUAUUUCAGCAUCACUUUCACACUCAAUAAUUUUUUGUUUCCACAUACCCUUCUGUUCAAAUAGAAACAAUUUUUUUUACACACUUGCUUUCUCCAUUUCCUCACACACUUGUCAAUUCAACGCCAGCUCAUCUUAUUUCGCAUACUGCGGCACAGCACACACCACCUUUUAUUUUAAACGCGCGCUGAAUAAAAAAAGACAGCAUGGAUAUUCUCGGCACACAUAGGUCAAGCGGUGGGCAGUCGGCCGUAUCCAAGCGCAGAGAACUGGCACAGCUGGCCAGCUUUUUUCUCAAGCAGCAUUCCGCAUAUGACAUGAUUCCUGUCAGCUUCCGCCUUAUAGUGCUCGAUACCAAGCUGUUGGUGACAAAGGCGCUGUCGACGCUAGUUCAAAAUGGUGUCGAGUCUGCGCCAAUGUACGAUUCUACGCAGUCGUGCUACUCAGGGAUGCUGACCACGACGGACCUGGUGAACAUGAUACAGUACUACUACUCGAACUUUUCGUAUUCCGAGGCCAUCGAUGAUCUGGGCCAAGUGCAGCUGGACAACUUUAAGGACCUGCUCCUGCGAUUCAAGUCGCGGCAAACCAACACAUUGUGCGCAAACCCACUGGACACACUCUACGAGGUUUCCCGGCGCCUCCUGGCCACCGACUACUCGGCACUCGCCCUAGUCGACGAGGACACAGACACUGGCGGCGACGUCAUUGUCUCAAUGCUUUCAAUCUAUCGCAUCCUCAACUUCAUGGCCGUCAACAUUGACGACAAGAAGAAGCUCAAGCAGCACACCCUAUUUGACCUGGAUAUCGGCACCUACGGCGAUCUAAUCACUGCCACUAUGGACGUCUCGGUUAUAGAUAUUAUCCGGAUGUUUGUCGAAAACAACAUCUCUGUCGUGCCCAUUCUGGACGACAACGGUGUGGUGCUCAAUGUGUUUGCCGAGUCGGAUAUCAUUUUGCUUGCACGCGAGGGUCUGCUGGACGAGCUUAAUAUUUCCGUGUCCGAAGCCCUGGCGCUUAGGCCGGACGACUACCCCGGCGUGCACACGUGCACGCAGAGCGACACGCUGCACUCAGUGCUCGAUAUCAUUCGCAAGAUGCAUGUGCAGCGCUUGAUUGUUGUUGAUGAAGACAUCAAACCAGUCGGUGUUGUCGCUUUGAGCGAUGUAUUGCGCGCGCUUAUUAUCUAGAUGCCUAUUUUUUUAGUAUAUGUUGCUGGUUUAAUAUUUCCCUUAUAAUUCUUUUAUGACAUUUGUGGCUCCCACAAAUACAAAUAUUUAGCCUUGCAUAUUAUCAGAAAACAAAUGAUCUGAUUCGCUG